UUGGUUUUGGAAAAAUGUGUUAGGUUUUGGAAGGAUCGGUCGUUUGGUUGCAGAGUUGCUCUGCAGAGGAACGAUGUCUAGAUUGUGGCUGUUAACGAUCCCUUUAUCACAACUGAUUACAUGACCUACAUGUUUAAGUACGACAGUGUUCACGGUCAGUGGAAACACCAUGAAUUGAAGGUCAAGGAUGAAAAGACCCUCCUCUUCGGUGAGAAGCCGGUCGCUGUUUUCGGUGUCAGGAACCCAGAGGAGAUUCCAUGGGCUGAGACCGGAGCCGAGUUUGUUGUUGAGUCAACUGGAGUGUUCACUGACAAGGACAAGGCUGCUGCUCACUUGAAGGGUGGUGCCAAGAAGGUUGUUAUCUCUGCCCCAAGCAAAGAUGCUCCCAUGUUUGUUGUGGGUGUCAAUGAGAAAGAAUACAAGCCAGAACUUAACAUUGUUUCAAAUGCUAGCUGCACUACCAACUGCCUUGCUCCUCUCGCAAAAGUUAUCAAUGACAGAUUUGGAAUUGUUGAGGGUCUUAUGACCACUGUUCACUCCAUCACUGCCACCCAGAAGACUGUUGAUGGACCAUCAAUGAAGGACUGGAGAGGUGGUAGAGCCGCCUCCUUCAACAUCAUCCCUAGCAGCACUGGAGCUGCCAAGGCUGUCGGAAAAGUUCUGCCUUCCCUCAACGGCAAAUUGACUGGCAUGUCUUUCCGUGUUCCUACCGUCGAUGUUUCAGUGGUAGACCUCACUGUCAGACUUGAGAAGGAGGCAACCUAUGAUGAAAUCAAAGCUGCCAUCAAGGAGGAGUCUGAGGGCAAGCUUAAGGGCAUCUUGGGAUACACUGAAGAUGAUGUUGUAUCCACAGAUUUCGUGGGUGACAGCAGGUCAAGCAUUUUUGAUGCCAAGGCUGGUAUUGCUUUGAACAAGAACUUUGUGAAACUUGUGUCUUGGUAUGACAAUGAAUGGGGAUACAGUUCACGCGUGAUUGACUUGAUUGUCCAUAUGGCAUCCACUGCUUAAAAGGUUAAAGUUGCGGAUAAUCCGAAUUCCGAGGAGUUGUUUUUCAUGUUUUGGUCGAGUUUAGUGUUUAAGACAUGGAUCUGGAAUAAGAUGAGUUGGGAUUUUGUUUUAGAUGUUUAAUUGUGAAUCUGGUUUUUCCUUUUUUCUUUCCCCAUUUGCGGAUUUCGAAGGGGAUUGUGAACAAUUUCAUGGUUUUAUAAGCCAUACAUGUUUGGUCUAUAUAUAUGAAUGACUCAGUGCUUCUGUAUAAAGACAGACAAACCUGUAACCGAUUUCAAAAUCUUCAUUUCAAUAAUCAAAAGCAGAUUUCAAAGUCUUAAUUU